AUGUGUUCACUUCAAGAAACAAUUAUAUUUACAUUUGUGGGAGUGUCCUUAGUGUGGAAAAUGAAGCAUGCAGCCAGAGUUGGGGAAGCAGUGAGCUCAACAUCAAGCUGGCAACCUCGAGUUGUGCUGAAAAAGCUGGAGACAACUGUGGCAGAGGCGCCAGUCAGACCUGCUAUCAACACAGCACCGACAGAAGAUCAGCAGGUGCAGACUGAUGCUGUGACAGUGACACUACGUCCAUCUACCUGCACAGAGCCUGAAGUGGUCGUGGAAGUGGUGAAGCCUGAUGUGAAGAGACCCAGGAGGACCUCCAGUCCUGUUCACAGAGAAGCAGAUGUGCAGGAGGAGCCUGAUGUGAAGAGACCCAGGAGGACCCCUAGUCCUGUUCACAGAGAAGCAGAUAUGCAGGUACCAAUGAAGAAGGUCUGCUGUGGAAAGCAAGUCCCUGUUUCCAGACUGCAGCGGCCGUCACCCGAAGAGUGCAAAGCAAAAGUGGCCAAGAAGGAUUCCUGCCAUGAAAAACAAACAUCUGUUCAACUACAGCCUCUGCAGCAUGAAGACAGCAAAGCUCCUCAAUUUGACAAUAUUGUUGGGUCAUUUCAUCAAGGACACACAAUAUUUCAUCCACAAAGUAGAGGAAAGCAGUGCACGGCCAUUGCUUUGGCUGCAAUUGUUAAACACACACACCUGCGGGAGGUGCAUGAAUGGUCUCAGAAAGAUCUAAACAUGACUUUAUUGGAAGGUGAUCGUCUGUACAUAAGAAAGAAGCAUCUUAUUCCUGGGGAUGAGUCUUAUUUGGGAGCUUUCGAUUUUAAAAAGGAGGAGAAGCUGUUUGGCAAGACGUUUUGUUUGAAAAUGGUCACUGUUAUUGGACGUCUGCUUUCAGCCACCAACCCUGUGGAAAAAGUAUGUUUUGUUACUUUGAAGACAGCUCUGGAAGAACAUCUUGCUACUGACAAUGCUUGUCUCUUCACCAUGUCAGGCAGUACAUGUGCUAUUAUCGCUAAAAAUGGCAUGUAUGCUAUUGUGGACUCCCAUGCACGCAGUAAAUCUGGGAUGGUAGAUGGCAAUGGUUCAAGUGUUGUGGUGUUUUUCACGAGCAUCAGUGAAGUUUAUGACCACAUCAUCCAACUUGCAGCAGGAUUCAUUGUGCCAAAUGUUGAGUUUGAGCUCAAUAGCGUGGCAGUGACUUUGAAAGACUGUGACUGUGAUGGUGUGACUGUUGAGCCUACUCUGAGCUGUCCUCAUGGCGUGACUGAACUUAAAAGUAACCCCAGUUCCUGUGUUACUGAAAGUACUGCUGCAACUGACACGGCUGGUUUGAAAGCUUGUGAUCCUGGAUUCAAGACAAAGGAAAAUUUACCAGAAGUAGGACACAAAUGUGGCAGAACACAAAUGAAAUCUCCAUUGCACAAAAAGCGAUCCAGGGUUGACACAGAGUUAAAAAGUGGAUCUCCAAUUGUCAAGAAAGCCAAACUGCAUGAUGCAAAUGACAUUACAAUCGUUGGUUAUGAGGAAAAUGCUUUGCAGUUUAAUCCUCUUUCUGAAAAAGUGUGCAAGGCAAUUUGCAAAAUUCUUCAUGUUGAAUUUGAAAAUUGCAAUGUUAAAGAGUCCUUACGCGCUGGGGAUGCUGGAGUGCCAUGUCAUAAUGAAAAGAUUGUUGCAGAUGGUAACUGUUUCUUCCGUGCCAUUUCUCAAGCCAUAAGUGGGACACAGAAACACCAUAGAAGAAUCAGACUGAACGCAGUGAAGCACUUAGAAAAGAAUCCUGAAAAAUAUCACUGCCUUUUGAAUGAAGAACAUCAGCAUUUGACUGUGGCAGAGUACAUUAAACUGCAAAAGAUGUGUUAUGUCAACACCUGGGCAACACAAGCUGAAAUUCAAGCCACAGCUGAUUGCAUUGGAGUUGAUAUUUACACGUUCUAUCAAGGCAAAUGGUUAAGAUUUCAAAACAGUGGAAAACAACAGUCUGCUGAAGGCAUCUACCUACAGAAUCACGGAGCUCAUUAUGAACAUGUUGUCUGUGUCAAACAAGAGAAGUUGAAAGCACUGAGCGUGGAAAAAUAUAAAACCGACCUGGAACAUAAAGAGAAGUUGAAAGCAGUGAGUGUGAAAAAGUACAAAACCGAACAGGAACAUAAAGAGAAAUUGAAAGCAAUGAGUGUGGAAAAAUACAAAUCCGACCUGCAACAUAAAGAGAAGUUGAAAGCACUGAGUGUGGAAAAAUACAAAUCCGACCUGCAACAUAAAGAGAAGUUGAAAGCACUGAGUGUGGAAAAAUACAAAACUGACCUGCAACAUAAAGAGAAGUUGAAAGCAUAUAGUUGUGAAAAAUACAAAAGUGAUUUGAUACACCAAAAUAAAGUUAAAGCUGAAAGUGUCCGGAAUUAUAAAGCAAACCCUGAUCUUCGACAAAAAUUAAAAUCAAUAAACAAAGCCAAAUACCACAAAGACAGUAUUUUCAGACGUAAACUCCUGGAUAAAAAACGAUUCAAAAGAACUCAAGAAAAAGUGCUGGCUGAUCAGAUGAACAUUGUAAUGAAUGAAUUUUUAAAGAAAGCCAACGAUGGACCUGAAUUUAUUUGCUGUGUAUGUUUCCGAUCCAUGUUUAAAGCAGCAGUAGUUCCAUACAAACAAAAGAACUACAAAAACAAAGCAGCUCAAGUAACGGCGGAAACAUGUGUCUCAGAUGAGUAUUUGCAUGAAUGUACCUCUGAGUGCAAUGCACCAUGUCCAUUACAAGAAUCAAGAGGUGAGCUUUGGAUGUGCAAGGUUUGUCAUUCAAAGAUCCGAAGAGGUGUAACCCCAGCAGAAUGGUGGGGAAACAAUUUACAACUGGAUUCAAUUCCUCUUGAGUUGGCUUGUUUGAAUCAUCUUGAAAAACAUUUGAUUGCUUUAAACAUUCCAUUUAUGAAAGUAUUAGCUUUACCAAAGGGUGGUCAAAAUGGAUGCCACGGACCAAUUUUUUGCAUCCCUUCUUCAGUAAAUCAUACUUGUUCUGUUUUGCCUCGGUCAAAUCUAGAAGGUUGUCUGUUACGUGUUAAAUUAAAGCGCAAGCUAUCUUACAAAGGACAUUAUGAAUAUCACUUUGUCGACACAAAUCACCUGAAAGAAGCACUUAAAUAUUUAAAGGAAAACAAUCAAUAUUAUCAAGACAUAGAAAUAAAUGAAGAAUGGGUGAAUGAGUUUGCUAAAGAAGAAGAAAACGAAGUCUUGAACAAUAAUUCAAAACAAACUGAGUCUCCUGAUGAAGAAGAUGAAACUCUACAUGACCGACAGAACCACUGUAUUUAUCAAGAUUCUUGUUCCAUGCCUGUUGAUCUUGGUCAAGAAACUCUUGAUCAGGGUUUUGAAGAUAUAAUUAAUCUGGCACCUGCUGAAGGAAACAAUCCUGUGCGUAUUUUGUCAGAUAAAGAUAAUGAAGCAAAAUCCUUUCCAUAUCUUUUUCCAUCAGGGAGCAAUACUUAUCAUACGCCCAGACAGUACUACUUGACAUUGGCACGAUAUUUUAAUAACAGAAUAUUGCACGCUGAUGGAAGGUUUGCAAAGUGCGUUGAAUACAUUUUUUUUGCACAAUACAUGUCAGAAGUUCAGCAAGUCAUUCAGCAAGUGUCAAUAGCAUCACGCAAAGGACACACAAACCCUGCAGGCCAAAAAGACAAUGCUCCAGAAAACAUUGAGUCUUUGCAGGAUAUCAUUAAGACUGAUGAAGGAUAUCGCUUUCUAAGGCCAAUAAGAGGUACUCCAAGCUUCUGGCAAGGUGCACAAAAAGAUUUACUUGCCAUGGUGCGGAAUCUGGGAAAACCAACUUUCUUUUGCAGUUUUUCGUCUGCAGACUUGCGCUGGGGAGGGCUUUUAAAUUCAAUUUUGAAGCAAGAGGGGAGAACUGAAACUUCUGAGAGUUUGGAGUAUGCAGAAAGGUGUGAACUGUUGCGUAAUCGCCCUGUCACUGCAGCACGCAUGUUUGACUACAGGUGGCAUCUCUUGUUGAAUUACGUGUUACUAUCUUCAUUGAAUCCAAUUGGAAAGAUUAAAGAUUACUUUUAUCGUGUAGAAUUUCAACAACGUGGAUCACCCCAUGUACACGCUUUAUUUUGGAUUGAAGAUGCUCCUGAGAUUGGAAAAAACACAGAUGAGGAAGUGGCGCAAUUCAUCGACAAGUACAUAACAUGUGAAAUACCCACCCUCGAUCAUCAAUUAGCUGAAACUGUUACCUCCGUGCAGCAACAUUCUCAACGCCAUUCGAAAACCUGUAAGAAAAAGAAUACAGCCUGCCGGUUCAAUUUCCCACGCCCUGUAUCUGAACGUACUUUCAUCACCAAAAAACAGAAAAUGCCAAAGUGCCCAAAGUGCCAAGGUGACACUGCAACAAACAGCCAAGAACAAAAUAAAGCCACUGUGGAAUGCAUAUGCUCUCAGAAUGAACAGAACUUUAUGAAAGAAGAGGAUGCAAUGAAAAUACUGACAACUGUUAAAAAAGCACUUCUGGAUAAAGACAAUCCCAUUACGAGUAUCCAGCAACUGUUUCAAAAUGUUGGCAUUACGCAGGAAGUAUGGGAAAAAGCACUUAAAUGUGUUGAAAAACGCAUGCAAAUUGUCCUGCAAAGAGAUGUCAAUGAAAUUUGGAUUAAUCCAUAUAAUCCACUUUUGUUGAAAUGUUGGAAUGCCAACAUGGACAUCCAAUAUGUGGUUGAUGUAUAUGCUUGUAUCGUUUAUAUUAUCAGCUAUAUGUCCAAAUCUGAGAGAGAGAUGGGGCUGUUGUUGAAACAAACACACCAAGAGGCCACAAAACAGGGAAAUUCUGAUGCCAAAGAAGCUAUGAAGAAGAUUGGCCAAGCCUACCUCCACAACCGUGAUGUGUCUGCACAAGAAGCUGUGUACAGAAUCACUCAAAUGCACCUGAAAGAAUGUUCAAGGAAAGUUGUGUUUAUCCCCACAGGUGACACAAUUUUCAAACUCACCAAACCACUAAAUGAACUGAAAAAGUCAGGAAACAAUGACAUUUGGAUGACUGGAUUUGUGGAUCGAUAUAAGAACAGACCACAGAAUGACACUUUUGAUAAUAUGUGCAUAGCCACAUUUGCAUCAGAAUACCGUGUGUUAAGUACAUCAGAAAAGAAAUCCAAAAAUGCGAUCAAGUUACAGAAUUCAUGUGGAUAUAUUUCAAAGCGAUUCAGAACCAAACCUGCUGUUGUGCGCUAUGCACGGUUUUCCCAAACAAAGAAUCCUGAGCUAUAUUACAAGAGCCUGUUACAGCUGUUUUUUCCUUAUCGUCAUGAUAACGACCUCAAACCUUCAUCAUUUCAUUCUUUUGAACAGUUCUACAAAGAAGGCACAGUGCAGCUUGGCAACCAGACCGUUUCAGUGAUGUCAAUUGUGAAUUCAAACAGAUCUCACUAUGACAUUGAAACUGAAGAUUUGGAAGAGAUUAAAAAUAAUCUGGACUCUAAUGAAAUAUUAGAGGAUGCUUGGGCCAUGCUUUGUCCUGAGCAAGAAGCAGAACGUUUGGAAGCCACUGAUGAACUUGCACAGACUAAACUGGAUGACGAAGACCCCUUGCCCCAUAUUCCUGAUUUAGGGAUAGCUAACAAAGAAACUGCUCAUUUAGAAAAACAACACAAUGCAAUGACUCGAGCUGAAGGUUUGGAUUUAAUUCGAUCUUUAAAUGACAUCCAGCUGUCUAUAUUUUUCAAAAUCCAAAAAUGGUGCAUACAAAAAGUCAAUGGAAAUGAUCCAGAACCUUUACAUGUGUUCGUCACUGGUGGCGCUGGCACAGGGAAAAGUCACUUGAUUCGGGCCAUUCAGUACGAAGCCAAUCGUCUGUUUGCUCCAAUGCGACGUCACCCAGACAACAUGAGUGUUUUAAUAACAGCACCCACUGGUAUGGCAGCAUACAAUCUAAAUGCAUCUACAAUUCACAGUGCAUUUAGCAUUGGAACAGAUGUGACACUUCCCUACAUACCAUUAGGUGAAGAAAAACUCAAUUCUCUCCGUGCCAAAUAUAUUGACCUGAAGUUAGUAAUCAUUGAUGAAAUAUCAAUGGUUUCUCAUAAACUGCUCACAUAUAUACAUGGACGGCUGAGGCAAAUCAAGCAAAGAGGUGAUGUUUCCCCUUUUGGAAAUGUCAGCCUUAUAGCAGUUGGUGAUUUCUAUCAGUUACCACCAGUUAUGGCAAAAGGCUUGUACACUGACAAUCUACCUGUGAACUUUUGGUCAAGUUUCAAAAUGGCUGAACUGAAAACAAUUGUCAGACAGAAGGAUACCACAUUUGCAGAAUUACUGAACCGAUUAAGAACACGAUCAAAAGGGACACCCAUGCUUCAUGAAGACAUCCACAUUCUACAAAGUCGUGAAACUGGAGAGCAGUCUUCUGCUCUACAUAUUUUUCCAACAAAUUCACAGGUAAAUGAACAUAACUUUAACCAGCUCCAAGCCACUUGUCCUGACUAUCAAACAAUAGAUGCACAGGACUAUCACUACAACAGGAAAACUGGAAAAAUGGAAAGCAAAGUCACACCUCACAGUAAAGACAACCUCACCAGUCUGCAGAAACAGCUAUUUUUGGGUGUUCCUGCUAGAGUUAUGCUGUGUAAAAACAUUGAUGUGGAAGAUGGAUUAGUCAAUGGAGUCUGCGGAACUGUAACACAUAUUAGUGAAACAGAAAGAAAUGGACUUCCUGAAGCUGUGUAUGUUCAGUUUGAUGACAUCAAUGUUGGUACACAGAGACGAAAGAAGUACCCAUCCACUGCACCUGCUUUAAUAAACUCCACACGGAUACAGCCAGAGGAGGAAAGGGCUAACAGCAAAGGGGGGAAACGUCGUCAGUUUCCUCUUGCACUUUCCUGGGCUGUUACAAUCCACAAAGUACAAGGCCUGACUGUUGACAAUGCUGUGGUGUCGCUAAAGCAAGUGUUUGCCUCAGGACAAUCUUAUGUGGCUUUAAGUCGUGUAAGAAGUCUAGAUGGCCUUAUUAUCCAGGACUUUGAUGAGAAGGCUAUUUAUUGUAAUGAUGAGGUAAAACAUGCCUUGGAAGCUAUGCCACGCUUCUUGGACGACAAUGUGUCACAAGCCAAACAGUCUGCUGAUGUGUUCAGCUUGUUUUUGAUGAAUGUUCAGGGUUUAGUAAAACAUGUACCUGAUUUGGUGUCAUCGACGCUGCAUUUACAGCCUGACUGUAUAGCUGUGACAGAAACAUGGUUAACAUCUCAGUCUGCACUUCAUAGUGUUGACAUAGAUGGUUACAGUUUUCACAGCCGUCCACGAAGUCUGGCAUACGAACACAGCAAGCAUCCGGCUCUUACUACACUCAACAGUCAACAUCAUGGUGGAGUGGGCAUGUAUUGCUCACACAACACAAACUGUCACUUUCCUGAUGUACCCCAAUUUAAUUUGGAGUGCUUAAUUUACAAAAAUGUAAAUCAUCAGGUUUUAGUUGCUGUUGUGUAUCGUCCACCAACAUAUCCCAUGUCUGUGUUCAAGCAGAAUUUGAAAAAUCUGCUAACUUGGCUACAGGCACAAGGUCAGUCCAUUGUGGUUAUGGGAGAUUUCAAUGAUGACAUAUUGAAAUCAUCAUCACUGUGCAAUUUCAUGAGCAGUUAUGGAUAUGUUCAGAAUGUCACAUCUCCAACUACAGAACGAGGCACUUUGAUUGAUCAUGUCUAUGUCAAAUCUCAACAAUAUGAGAUUUCAUCAGAGGUUGUUCCAACAUAUUUCAGUGAUCAUCAGGGCAUAGUCUGCUCUCUUAAGCUGAAGUCUGUGUAG